UUAGAAGUGCUGUUUUUUGUUAAACUUAACACAUAUUUUGAGUAGCCUACUCCAUAUAUGGUUAUUAUAGUGUUCCUCGAUUAUCUUCAAUCGUUCAAGCAAGCAGCUUGAAAAUCUCUCCUCCCCUCCACGCCGCAGGCUAUAUUUAAACCAUGAAUUUGCAGAGAACAGUGCGCUCUGGGCUGCAAUUUCGAAUUUAAGGAAUUACUUGGCGGGUCUUUGGGCAUAGGUUUAUAAGUAGGCUUUAUCGGCAAACCACUUGUGUGAAUACAUUUGAAGAAGAAAACCAUUCCAACAUGAAUCCGUUAUGUGGAAGAUGCAAUAAAGCCGUUUACCCCACGGAAAAACUGAAUUGCUUGGAUAAGUAUUGGCAUAAAGGAUGCUUCAACUGUGAAGUGUGCAAGAUGACCCUAAACAUGAAGAAUUACCAAGGCUUUGACAAGAAACCAUAUUGCAGUAUGCACUACCCGAAGACCUCCUUCACAAUAGUGACUGACACCCCGGAGAACCUUCGCCUCAAAGAGCAGAGCAAGAUGAACAGCCUGGCAAUUUACAAAGAGGAGUUUGAGAAAAACAAGGGGAAGGGCUUCAGCGUGGUCUCUGACACUCCUGAGAUGCAGAGAGUGAAGAAAACUCAGGACCAGAUUAGCAACAUUAAGUACCAUGAGGAUUUUGAGAAAAGCAGAAUUCGAAGUGAUGCGCCUCCCCCUGAGAAUGCCACGCAAGAAAAUGAACAGCAGUUUCCAGCUAACCCUCUGAGCUACAGCCAUCAGGCUGAGCCAGUGCGUACUGCUGAGAAGCGCUUCCGGGCAGUUUACAGCUACACAGCCACUGAUGCAGAUGAGGUGUCCCUCCAGGAAGGUGACCUGGUCGUAGACGUGCAGCAGAUUGAUGAGGGUUGGAUGUAUGGCCGCAUUGAACGCACAGGUCAACAAGGAAUGCUCCCUGCCAAUUACGUCCAACUGCUCUAAAACUGAGUGUUGGGCCUUGCUCUGUAGUGAGAAAUGUUACAAAACAUAGAAAUGAAAUGUGCUGUGUAGAACAGUUAUGACCAUAAAGUGUAGGGAAUUUGUUUAGUUCUACAAAGUGCGUUUCUAUCUGCUAUGCUGUAAAUGCUUCACAUUACAAAAAUAGACCUAGCAGAACAGAUGAAGUAAA